AUGAAGCUAUGGCCAGAAGCAUGCAGCCAUUUGGAAGAAUUGAAAGAAGAAUCAGUCGUGCAAAACAUCGCCGAAUUGGCCAAUGAAGCGGGAAUGGAUGGUGUGAAUGAGGACAGUAUUGAGGAAUUGCUGCAGUCUCGUGACACCGUGGCAAGACUAUACCUAGCCGAGAUAGUCCUGGCUGUGGAAUACCUGCAUCAGAUAGGUGUAAUGCACCGAGAUUUGAAACCAGAAAACAUUCUGAUCGAUAAACGCAGCCACAUUACAGUCUCUGAUUAUGGGCUGUGCAAAAUCUUCCACCGCAACACAAAGGGACUCAAAUGGGGUGAUGUGUUGGCCAAGAAAUUCCAGAUGCUGCACCCCCAACCACCACCAGUUGCCUCUACAGUGUCCAAUCAUAUACCAGACAAUCUGUUCAACAAGAGUGAAGACAAUUAUGAGAGCAUUACAUCAGAGGCAAUAAAUACACUGGAACUGGCCAAACUUCAUAACAGGACCCGUACUCACCAAACCAGUAGCAAUGAUUCAUAUAUAAAGACAACAGCUGCGGGUGACGCCCUCAUGUUAAGUGCAGAGGUGAACAGUGCAAAUUGGUUGUACCAUCCACUGUGA